GCGCAGAGUCUCCAGGACGGACGCUUGCGCGCGCGCGCAGCAAAGCGGAUGGAUUUCCCGGGGAAUAUCGGCCAGCCCGAGUCAGUUGGUCUCAGUCCAGCGUUCCACAUAGCCGCUAUUCCUCGCGCUUUUUAUAUCGUACACGGUGGUGCGGAUACACACGUAUAUAGCUGUAUACACGGGCACGUACGUUUAUAUAUUAGAGAGCGAGAGAGGAACGCAGGAGAGCGCGCGCGCACUCACGGGCAACAGGUUGCGCGCUUGCUUCGAAGUAGAUUGUUAUCUCUGAGGGAAGAAGAAGGAUUUUUCAUUCCGAUUGUUUUUUUCGCCGUGUUUAGACAGGGUGAGAAGAGUAACCGAGAAGGAGGAGGAAGGACACGUAAUAAGGAAGUAGAACACACACAUACGCAUACACAGGAGCAGAGAUGAGCGUCGUCGAUGACGUGCUGAACUACAAGCCUAGCGAGGACGAGGACUUUUACGCGCUUCUUGGCUGCGACGAGUCCGCUUCGGUCGAACAGAUCACUGCCGAGUACAAGGCUCUGGCACUUCAGUACCAUCCCGACAAAAACGAGGGCAACAAGGAUGCCGAGGCCAAGUUCCAACAGCUCAAAGCUUUCACGUUGCAGUACGCCAAGGAGAUACUCUGCGACCCUGAAAAGAGGAGCAACUACGACAAGUGGAGGCACAGCGGCAUCUCGAUCAGCUACAAACAGUGGCUCGGAAUGAAGGAGCACGUUCAUCAGUCGAUGCACUGGAGCACGCCGAAGACAAAGGAUCGCAUGCUACCGGAGACCGAAGGCGCGGCGAGCGGCCUGUCCUCGCCGGCCUCGGCUUUGGGCCGCACCAAGAUGCAGGCAGCGAACGCCAAUCGACGAGCGAGCGAAGGCGGCGCCAACAUCCACUACGGGGCCCGUCGGGAUCUCAACUGGGACAACCAGCCCCCCAGCGAGAUAGUCAACAAGUUCCGUAACUACGAGGUCUAAGAGGUAUAGGGCCCAGCUACCCUCACCCCACUCCGCACCUUCGUUCCUCUUACUGCUCCUCUUUCCUCAUGAUGAUGAUGAUGCUUCCUCUGAGCGAGGGACUGACUACUUUAUGGAGGCGUGUCCGUUGAUGAUAAUGAUUAUGAUGAUGAUUAUGUGUGAAGACGCAGAAGAAAUAUAUAUGUACCGCGAGUUUUGGAGAGCGAUGUUUGCUGGAUCGUUUGCUGUAUUAUUUUCUCCCUUUUUUUAUUCGUGUACGUGUGUGUUUCGUUGUGAGAACUGUGCGCAUAUUGUAAUCGAUGCAGACCGUGGACUGUGUAAAUUGCGUUGACUUUGACAGGUGUUAAAUUUCGAUGCGCAGCGUUUCCAGACUAAUGGCUAAUAAAUCGAUGCUUCGCAUAUAUAAUUUUACGUUUAUUCGUUUCACGCGCAGUGAGUUUCAGUUUUCCGCUGAAUCCAUGUCAGAUUCGAAAAUAUUCCGCGUGCUCGCGCUUCACAACCGUUAUGACUUCCUCGAAAAAAUCGAUGGACGCAUGGCCGUGGAAGUAAUUUUGCGCGAUUCACGCGAGAUUUUUAAAUCAGCGCUUUCAAUUCAGUCUCCUUGAAUUACUGUAUUCUCGAUUCGCUUGCCUGGAAGUAUUGAGACUGCGUAUGAAUAGGAGCGAGAGAUACUUGAGAAGGAUCGAUGAAAAAGUUGCAAAUCCAAGAUGAUGAACGGUAUGCUGACAUUUCAUUUCCUUUGCCGAUGAAUACAUAAGGAACAAAGUUUCGCGCCGCUUGUUAGUAACUGCUUUAACGGCGAGUUUCUUUGAGCUUUCAUUCCUACUGCUAAAUGUUCAAAUAUUAUAUAGCCAAUGUGGAAAAGUGUAAAUCGCAGUUAUCACUAUACUUUCGCUCGAGUUUAGACGUUGAGUGAUUUUAAUACAAAAGUUGUUUUAGCUGAGAAUAUAUAGUUUAAACCUCGUGGAGAAGCUGAAAAUAGUAAAUAAUUCUUUUGGGAAGACUUACUCGAGUACACUUUCCAAACGCGUUCUAUGUGAUCUCCCGAUGGGAAGAGCUGCAUUCACUCUCUGUAUACCUCGAUAUACCUGUACUGCGCUUGUGUACACAUUAUGUGAAACAAGCCACACCUAUACAUAUUAUACAUGCGCUCGUAUAAUCCACGAACGUGAAAAUCUGUGUAUUUUUUUAGCCGAAAAGAUAUGAUUUUUCGAAAAAAAGACGGAUGCCUGCGAAUUUGCGCGUAGUGCUUUGCGAGGACGAGAAAAAAACCAGAAAAAAAAAAAUAUCCGUGUACACGAAGGGAACAAAAAGGCGUACGUGCCGGUAAAAUUUAUCGCGAGCGCGCUCUCGAAAAAAAAGUUUUCGCAUGCAGUGCAGUGGCUCUUUUUUUCCGCGAACUUUCGACAGAAACCAGAGCAAAAAAGGAACGAAGUAAAUUCUAUCAUAUCUAUAUUUUAUUCUUGUGCAAAAGCUAAGACUUUCAUAUGACAAAAGAGAAUCAAAGUAAACGAUAUCAUAGCCGUAUAUAAAUACCGAUAUAUAUUUUACUGUCUUUGAAAAAAACAUUAUUUUUUCGAAGAAGAUGAAACGUGAUGAAUAUAUUUCUCUAUAACACAAAACACGUAUAUAAUCAAAAUGAAAUUCAAUAUUUUUCAUGAAUUUUAACUGUCAAUUACCUGUAUAUUAUCCUCACAUGUAUCAAGUAACGACGAGCUCCAACGUCUUUCUUCGGCUGAACAAAUAAUCGAUAAAAAAAUAUAGAUAAAAUCGUGAGCAGCUACAUGGAAAAAUAUAAUGUUGCGCAAGACACAAAAAGCCCCAGUUCUUUCAAAAACCUCCUGAUUUACGACCAAAAUCAAAGAACGUUUUCGCGUUUACUGAAAAGUCAAAUAUACGUCAGAGUUCGAAACUAUACAGGUUUUCUUCCAGAAUUCACGAGAAUCAAAAGUAGAUGAGCGCAGGUAUCUCAAAAAGUAGAAGAGGCAAAAAGUAUAUAUCUAUAUACACCUUGUUAUCGUCGACUAUUCGCGAAAGAAAAAAACUCAUGGCGAACAAAAGGAGUAAAGAGAAAAAAAAACAAAAUAUAUGAUGACUACUAUAUAUUAUAUACGUAUAUAUACAUAUAACGCCGACGUGGCCUCGUUUUCGCCCGCUGGACGUCGCGAGCGCGAGGCUCGAGUGAAUCUAUAUAAGUAUAACAUGAUAAAUAAUAAAUAUGACGCAUAAAUACACGUGAAUAAAUAAUAUCGCGCAACUACUGCAAGGAUAAAUGGACAGCAGACCUCCCGUUUCAGAAAACAAAACCACGUAUUGCAUUGUAUUGCGUUGCGGAGCUAUGAUAUAAUAUAACCGCAACUGCAGCAGAGUAUAUAAUUAAAACAAGUUGAAUCAAAAAGAAAUAAAAACUGAAAAAAGAACAAAGUAUAAAUAUUAUUACCAACUAAGCAUGUGUAAAUGUAUACCAUAGAGGAAGUAUGUUCGCGUAAAACUGUGUCUAAAACAAAGUCGAACACAAAAUAUGGUGUGAACGCGUGCGGCGCGCCCGAAAUAUCCCGCGAGCGCGUCGCGCGUGCUAUACUUAUUAUAAUUCAUGUACUACACGAAGAGAUAUGUGCAUUGAUUUCGAUGUGUUUCAAUAAAAACUUCAUGACUUCGUGAAA